AUGGAACCGCCUUAUUUUCCACAUCAUGAUAAGGUCUUCGCAAAAUUCCAAGGCUCGGAUAAGGUCCUACAGAAUGUUGAAAUGAGAAAAGAAAUGGAAAUCCCAUGGGAACGCAUUCCCAGAACCACCUCUUUUCGCUUGUUGGUUUUUCAGGGUUCUGUCGAUGACCUGGUCUCUCCUUCAGUAUUCUGUAGUCGAUACGCCGCUCAACGUUUGAUGGAAACAGGACAUGAUGUAGAAGUUCAUUUAGUCAAUGGUGGCCACAUCAUGGAACCGCCUUAUUUUCCACAUCAUGAUAAGGUCUUCGCAAAAUUCCAAGGUUUCUGUUGCGGUUAUGGUGGCGAUAUCGUUCUGCAUGGGAAGAGUCAGGAAGUAUCCUGGGCUGCUACGAUAGACUUCUUCGCGAAAAUACUCGGACAACCCGCCGUGAUGCCAGAUUGGAAUCGCUUACAACAUGAAGAGCUAAGGAGCAGCUUGUAG